AAAUCGGAAGUGGGGCUGACAUCCGGGUGACCGCCAUCUUGCUGUGAGUUGCAGAGAUUGCGGAAGAGAAAAAUUGCACGAACACUUGAAAUAAUGUGGCUAGCUUGCUCGUAUGGUUAAAACACAGACGUCUGUGCAUUUGAGCAAUGACACCCUAUUUUUCGUAGAUGUUAUUCCAAGAGAAGAGACUUGGACUAGUUUUCCAAAAGCGAGACACGGGUGUUGUGGGGUGUGGGGUUUCAGGCGGGGAACAAUUUUGACCAAGGGGUGGUCGAGACAUUGUAAGCAUGAGUACGAGUUCUGCCACGGGUCGCCGGCGUUCUGCCACUCGCCAGUAUUCGGCAGAGGAGCAAGCCCUCAAUCAAAUUUCAAAAGAAGCUGAGUCUCGACUGGCUGCCAAGCGAGCUGCUCGUGCUGAGGCUAGAGACAUCAGAAUCAAGGAGAUCGAGAGACAACAGAGAGAGGAAGAAGAACGACAAAGAAGACAAGAGGAAGAUGGCCAGAAUCGAGAUAUCGGGCGGCGAGGAAGUGAUGAUUCCAGCCACUCGGCAUCCACCAUUGACGAUAUGGAGGGACCCAGGGAGAUGAAGGAUAUUGCUAGAGAGCUUAAGUCUAAGUUACGUGAGAUGGACGAAAAGUACAAAAAGGCUAUGAUGACCAACGCUCUUCUGGACAACGAGAAACAGUCACUGGUUUACAAGGCAGAGCUCCUCAAAGAUCAGAUGGAAGAACUGGAGGAAACACUGGUGGAAAUACAAAGGGAGGCUAAACAGAAAACUAGGGAAGUAGAAAUGCAAAAGAGAGACAUGAAGACUUUAGAAUUUGAACAUAAUAAUUUAAAAUUACAACUAGAGGUUAAAGACAGACUUAUACAGGAAAGUGGUCUUGUGAUAUUAUCGACGGCGGAGGGUUCAUACACCUUAGAGAAGUGUACAUCUGUACCCAACACAUCGCCUGCUCCGGCUUUAGGAAGUCUACUUAUAUCAGUAGAGGCUGCCGAUAUUUUAGACAAGGCUGGAGAUGGGUCAUUAGAUGAUAAAAUUAAAAAGUUUGCAGAAGAAAGGAAUGCGUUAACUAAAGAGAUUAAAAAAUUACAAGCUGAAGUUGAGGAAGAGAAGUCUAAACGAGAGCAUUCGUCUCCGAAAAUUCCACAAAUUAAUGGUCCCGAGAUGCAGUUGUAUGAAGUCCAGAGAGAAGCUAGUAAACAGAUUCACGAAUAUAAACUAAAACUACAGAAGGCGGAACAAGACAUAACUAAUCUAGAAGGAACUGUGACUAGAUUAGAUUCACAAGUAAAGAGGUAUAAAACUGAUGCUGAAGAAUCGGAGAAAUUAGAAGAUGAACUUAAAACAGAGAAACGGAAAUUACAAAGAGAGUUACGAGAGGCACAGAAUCAUGUGGAAGAAUUAACAAAUUCCAAUAAACACAUGCAGAAAAGACUGGAGAAAAUGAAGCAAGCACGGAAUGCUUUAGUGAAUCAGUGAGAUGGCCUGCUGGACACAAGGAUUGGUGAACAAGGCCUGGCUUAUGUGUGAUUCCUGUGUGCACACGUGUCAGUAGUGCUGCCGUCUCUUACAGAGAGUUCUCUCUGGCGACGUAACUCGACAACUUUGUGAUGUGUACAAAUUUUGGCUGAGUUCUGUGUUGCUGCGGAUCAUUUUAAAUGCUUCAUUCACCUACAGAAAUGGCCAUCAUUUUCUUUUUUUCCUUGUUAACUGUUAGUAUGAAGUUUGCCAGUGAGGUUAUCUUAUAAUGCUUUCGAUUUAUAUGGCAAAAUAUGUGGAAACUAUCUGGAAUAUGAACUAAGUUUUGACUGAGUAAUCGUCGUCAUAUUAAAAAGUACAGUAAACCUCUAUUUUUAUCUGAUGGAUUCUGCUGAUAGUAGGGAAAACAUUAAUGCAAGCUUUUGUCAAAAUUGCCUUUAUAUUAUUAUCAUCCAUUCUUAUUUUCAAAUUUCUCAUUUUGAAAAAAUUACCACAUGCGCAGAUAUAAUUUGCGAAAACAUUAAUUUCACUUUUACUUAUGUUUCAACAGAUAGAUAUCUUGCCAUAUUUAUGGAAUGCAAAUAAGUAACCCAUUUUAAUCAGUGGUUUUUGUUCGUAAGAAUGAAAUAUAGACAAAACUGAUAAUUUGAAAAAUAAACAUUGUACGGUACCUACCAUCUAUUUCAUAAAGAUGUCGGCUAUAUUUUGUGCUUAUGAAUAUUGUAACAAACUCUGUGCUUGUUGAUUUGAUUCUUGCUGUUGAUCACUGCUGUAUGAUGAUAAUGUGUUUAUUACACAGGAAAAAUGUCUUCCAAUAUUGCUACUAGUUCAUAUCAAAAACAUUUAAUCUUCACGAUGUUGAGUUUUUGUGCCAUUUAUGAUGAGUUUAAUUGAAUUUUCAGAACUUUGAGAAAAUUAACAAAUGAUGGUCGCAUUAUUAUAAAACCCAUUCAUUCAAACCGUUGACAACUAGUGCUUGUUAAAACAAAAUACAGCUGAUUUAAAAAAUGUGUAGAUACUCUUUAACAGAGACGUCAAUUUCUCACUGCGUGUUAAAUUUGAUUAUUGUGGUUCAGAGAUAUAUUUGUCUUUUGGCUAACAAAAAUCACUGAUUGACUUUGCUUAUGUUGUUGUAGGCUUCUGAUGAUGUUAUAUGAAGCAAAGCAAUAAACGUUCACAAAUUUAUAUUAUAUAUUCAUGAUGGAAUGGCUCAAUAUUUGAACACUGAAUAUUUUAUUGGAAUAUUUAUUUAUUCAUUAAAUAGAUAAUUCUGCAAAUAUUUUAUCAGAAUAUUUCAUAAUAGAUGUUUCCACAUUAUACGACAAAAAAUGUUUAUAUAUAAUCAGAUUUAGGCGAUUUAAUGUGAAGAAUUGCUGACUCAUGUAUUUAAUCAGUCUGACUUGUAGCAUUGUCAUUAUAAAUUCCAUACACCUGUUUUAAACUGACCUAUAGACAUGUUAUAUUUCUGUGAACUAUGAAAAUGACAAUAUGAUUGAUAAAAAUGUCAUUAUGAAGUGAUCUUGUUAAAAUGUUGCAGAAUUGGUAAUUUUUGUAUGAAAUUAUGCAUACACUAUAAGUAUGGCAAUACUAGAGGUUUUUUAUCCUGUGGUAGGGUCAUCGUAACGACCGAGUUAUGUAACGAUGUUGUCUCACUGAACAUUACUGUAAACAAGAGCAUUUCCCUCACAAUUAUGUUACUUUUAAGAUUCUCGAUACAGGCAACUUCUCACUUCAUUAGUAUUUUCGAGAUUUCUAUUUGCCAUAUAUAUCCUGUAAUAAGCCCUGGGGACCAGCACAUACCGGUUGUUGUCCAGUGAAAAUGCACAUACUGUUGAUGCAAAGCAGUGUACAUGUAUGGACUAUUUGUAGGGCUUUAAAAUAGCUUUUGUUAUCAUUUCUACUGGCAGUAGACAUGUGUGGAUCUAUUAGCAGGCUUAUUGAUGGGUAAAUAUGGUAAGGAAAACUGUUAGGAAUUGAAAACAACAAGUAUAUUUAUAUAUAUACAAUAUAUAUAUAAUAUAGAUACCAAGGUAUACUUUCACGAAAACUAAAAAAAAAAUGUAAUAAAAUAAAAUUGUAUAUGCCAAUAUUAGGGGCUUGCAGUGGUUGAUAACAUUUGAUAUAUCGUCUUAUUUAUAGAAACUAAAAUUACAAAAUUCAGAAUAUAUUUGAUAUAUUUUGGAUAUAUUGUGUAGUUAUGACAUAAAUCAUUCAUCGUACAUCAUUACAACUGUAGUUGAUAUAAUUGAGCUGAUUCUCAUUGAAGUUUCACCUUACAAAUAUGUCAUAAUACCCUUCCCUUCCGCCCUAUAUAAUUAUAUAGUAUGUAUAUGUUACAUCAGAUAUUUACAGUAGAUGAUGUGCGACUGACAUCCUACCAUGAUAUGUUUAAACAUUCAGUCUUAAAAUUUUAAUAUCAUUCCUCAUAUUAAUAUUUGCACUGAUUAUUUGAAAGAAUGUAUGUUGUGAGUUCAUAUUAAAGUCAAGUAGUCCUGUUUUACAUAACGUGCUUGCAGCCAAGCAUUGUAUAUACUUCACAAUACAGAUUAGUCGUUGGGAUAUUUGAUGAAUAUACACUUUUAUUGUGCGAAAACAAGUGUAAGAAUUCAGGGGGAAAUGUACAUGUUACAGUUUGGAAGUACAGUAGUUAAAGAAAAGUUUAUUAAAAUAAUUUAAAAAACAACAAAGUCUUCUCCAUAUAAUAGAGGCAUACAUGGACAUAUGCUUCCUGAUAUUCUAAGAAAUGUCUUCAUUUAAAGAAUUGAAAUGAAUUUUGUGGCUUUUUAUUUCAACUCUAUAAAAGUAACUUAAGAUUAUCAGGAAGACUGGUAUAGAAUCAGUAUAUUGAUGAUAAAAUAUAAACCCUGGUUUCCAAAAAAUUUCACAUUUAAGAUACAAAAGAUUAAAAGUGACUUUGUUGCUUAACUUGAGAAUUUUGCACAGAGACAACUCGGCAAUAAAUUACAUGUAACCAGCUGUUUGACCGGUAUAAAUUAAAAUUAUCUGGGAAAUAUUUUAGAUUGGUCAUCUAGUAAUAUGACCCACUUAAUCUAGUGCUAUUAUUUUAGUCUUUCACACAAUUUACAGAUUAGACUUGCAUUGUAAGAUCACUCAUUCCUGUCUUAACACCAGAUUGUCCAUUUUUUCUCAAAAAUAUUAUACUUUUUCUGAAAGCAGUGAGUAAUGUAGAAGUGUUCCAUUCAUAUGUACACCAGCAUUAUUGAACCUGUGGUCCUUUUGUUUUGCAGACAAAUAAUAGGUUUGGUCUAGAAGGAGAAAGAUCUGAUUAUAUUUGAGAUGUUGAGAUAGACAUUCUUUCACAACAUGAAAAUUUUGUAACUUAUUUCAUAAAAGUAUCUGUUAAAGUCAUUUGUUCCCAUAUCCAGAAUCAAAUGUUUUGAUGAUCAUAGUAGGAUUGGUUUGAGUAUAGACCCUCACGCUACUGUAGUUUAACAGAAAUACUGUUGGAAAAUACUAUCUUGCUCAAUGUUUUGAAUAAUAUAUCAUAAAACUAAGACUUACCUUAUUAAUUACGAAAAUUCUAAGUGUCCGCAACUAUAAAUAACAUCAUACCCGGUAUGUUACUGCUUGUAAGCAGAUUACUGCGUGGACUCGCCAUCACUCACACCCACGUGACUCCAUUUGGCUAUCUCUGUGGCAUCGUUUGAAAACAUCAAUCAGGGUAAAAACAUGUAUUUAUAAAACAUUUUUUAUGGUAUACUUAUGUUUGUGUAUCUCAGUUUGGAAAGUCAAUGUUUUGAAAUAACAUGUGUGGACGCUAGGAUGGGAAUUUGUGGCAAGUCCCUUUGGACUUUUGGAUCAUUAGGGAAAAAAAAAUUUUUGGAAGUGAACUUUGAAAUCAAAGUUAUUGAUACAAAAAAUAGACCAGGAAAAUAUCUUAGCUUUGUUACAGCAGUAAAAAUUCUGCCAGACUGAUAACAUUUAAACUAAAUACAAAUAUAGAAAAAAAUGACUAAUUGAUGCUUUUCUUUAACAACAUUGUACUUUAAUUUGCUUUGAUAUCUCUUUAACAGCCACAAAUUCUACUCCUCUUAAUUUAUCAUUAGAACAUAAUCCUUUGAGGAACCCAAUCCUUAUUCAGUCUUCUGGAAUUUGUUUAUAAAACAAUAAAGUAGAGUUGGUAAUUAUUAUUGAAUACCUGGUACUCAGUAACUUCAAAAAAAAAGAAAAAAUUAAUUUGUAAAAAGAAAAUGAUGUGUUCUCAAACAAGACCCUGACAGUGUGGAGAAUGUUACUGUACAAUGUUGGAUCUCACGAGUGUAAACAUUUGUCACAUAUCAUAUGUAGUUGAGUGUGUAUGUGUUUAGAUACCUAGGUGAUUGUGUGUAUUGUUUAGGAGUAUUGUCCGGGUGGUUUUCUCUUUUUGUGUAUUGAUUAUGUCCAAUUACACCAAGUAUAUUUUACUGGCAGUAAAACCCCGUAUUUGAUCGUAGAUUAAACAGAACCAUCAGUUGGAUUGAAAUCCAAUUCCUUCAUUGACAAUUUUAUUUCGAAGUAUUGGGAGUAAAAUUCAAAUUGGGAAUGAAAGAAUCUAACCGUGAUGUUUCCUUUAACUUUUUACAAUAUCGGAAAUAAUGAGUUAUUUUAAAAUUAAACAUGAAAGGAGUUGUUUUAAAAUGAAACAUGCACAGAAAUUUCAUGUAAUAAAAAGAUGCUAUUUUUAUGAAUAUUUAGGUGUUGAAUUACAGUAACUGUAUUGGAUAGUAUACUUUUAUGACUAAUUAAACUUAUUUUAUGGAUUGAACUUUGAAACCACAAGUACACUUAUUCACAUACAGUAUCAGCGAUAUGGCUAGGCUUCCCUCAGCGAUACAAAAAAACAUAAGUUGUAAACAUAGGAUGAUAUAAUAUGCAUGUUGGUAUUCUAUAUUAUUCUUGUUGGUGUAGCAGUGUUUACACUUUGCAUUUUAGCACCUGAUUUAGCAAUAUUUCUACAAAUUGAUAGAAUGUAAUGAAAAUGUGUGAUGUGUUUGUGAGAUUUGAUGUGCUCCCCUCGAUCAUUUCUGGUGAUUUCAAGUCUUCCGUCUUUUAUCAAGGCUUUUUUGUGCCUGACUUGUGGACCUAUCUUAUGGAAGGCUAUAUAUGUUUCACAAAAUAACUAACAAAUUUACCCUCUCCAUACAUCGUAUACUAUAGAAUUUAUUUACUACUCAAUAAAAAUCAGUCAUGUUUGUUAUCAUUACUGACCAGCACUGUUAUUGUAGGGGAUUUUUCAUUAUCAUAUGAAAUUGAUUUUUUGUUAUUCAAUACUUGGCUGAUGAUUGUGUUACAGUAUAUUUCCUACGGCGUCUUAGAUAAAUGUUUCAGUACAUAAUUCUCCCAUACAAGUCAUUUAUAUCUGAUAGGAACUGUAUAAUGUGCAAUAUAGUCUUGCCUUAUUUAGGCGAUAAACAGAUUUCUGAAAUUCCACAAAGAGCCCGAUACUAACCUGAUUUUGUCUGGGAAUGUUUUGAAGUAUAAAUAACAUAUUGUAUGUAUCCUUCUAAAGACUGGAAGUGUUAGGAGAUAAAAUGUAUCUAAAACUACCUGUAUGAUAUAUCGUAUAUAUAUAGAGGUUACGCAAAGAGUGGUUGUUGGAUAUGAAAUUUAUUUCACACGAGUAUGUUAUUUUUUUAAAGUUAUAAAAGACACAAGCUUUAACGAAUGUCUUUUGUAACUUUUGAAAAAUAAUGUACCAGUGUGAAAUAAAUUCCAUUUCCAACAUCCACUCCUUGUGUAACAUCUAUAGAAAUCAUAUUAUAUUGUAAUUGCUUAAAAUAUGAAAUACAACAAUAUUGACCAUUCAAAGUAAAUAGUUAAGUAAACUUGGUAGACACUUAAUAUGGAUGUCUUCAAGACAUCUAAUGAAAAAUUCAAUAUUUUCCGUAAGUUAUAAGGCCCUGCCUGUUAGAUACAAAAUAUAUUGGGAACAAUAUAUUUUAUUUUACAUGUAAUGAAUUCCAUUUGCUCAAACAACAUUAUCUCAUCAUAUGCUGGCUCUUGUGACUUGAACAAUAAACUCAAAAGAGAGAUGAUCUAUGAUGAUACGUGUUAAUGAAUUUUUUACUACUUUAUUAGUUGUCCGUAAAUUUACGAGUCAUUCCCUUGAAUAUUUUAACACCUUAUAGCUCUGUGUAUGGGCUGAUAAAGCCUAAUACUAUUCCUCCUUUGAUUUUCAGAUUGUUAGGAAUUUCAUUUUAUGCAUUUCCUGUGACGAAAGCUUGUAAAAUCUGUACAUUAAAGUUUAUUUGUAUAGAUAAAUGGUGGUACACAAACUGUAUUAAAUCAUCCUCACAAUCUCUCUUUAUUUAUACCUCUUCUGAGUUUUGCUGAUUAAAUUGUUUAGCUUUAAGUAUAUAUUAUAUAGAAAAUUGAGGCCAACAGUGAAAACUGACAUUACCAUUUUUAAAUUGUUUUCAUAUUUUGUACAUGAAGUCAUAUAAUGAAAAAACAUAAUUUUUUUGUUGUUUAUGAUAGGAUAACAUUUCCUCUACCACAAUUUUACCAACAUUGGUCAAGAAUGAUGCUUUCCAGUACAUAUGCUUAUCAGAAAUAGUUUACUUAAUACUAGCUCUGGUAUAAAUAUAAUGUAGUAAAUAAGUGACAAAAAUAGAAAAUGUGAUAAACAUAGGAAGAUAGUAAGGUUUAUAUUUUGAAUAUCUUUUCUGCAUCAAAGUUGCUGAUUUUUGUUACAUUUCACUGAAGAGCAGCUUACUUAUGUAAAUGUUCUACAUAAUGUAAAUUUAACAUCAUCUUGUUUCAAUUUUCAGUAUAUUUGAUUAUGAUAAUAGCUUGUUAUAAUUAAGUAUGGGUCAUAGAUACCCUACAAACAACAUUUACUCAAGAUUGUUAAACAGUUACUAAUUGAUGAUACUGGUUAGUUGAAAUAUGGAGCAUUUACAUUAGAAGUGAUGAUAGAAAAUCUGAUGAUAAUUUACAAGUGAUAAAAAUCUGAUGAUAAUUUACAAGUGAUAAAAAUCUGAUAAUAAUUUACAAGUGAUAAAAAUCUGAUAAUAAUUUACAAGUGAUAAAAAUCUGAUAAUAAUUUACAAGUGAUAAAAAUCUGAUAGAUUUUAUUUUUUCCUUUAGGUUAUUUUUCCUUAAGGUUACUUUUCAAGAGGAUGAUAUUUAUGCAUAUAAUGAAAUACUCUACACACUUAAAAUUAGUUUACAUCCAAACUUUUAAGGGAUUUUUAGGAUUUGACAAAAAGUUAAAUAUGAUUAUCAGGUUGCAGUGUUGAACAACAUGGAAAGAAUUUAGUAUUUAACUAUAUGACAGUGAUUUCUUGCAAUGAAAUUUUAUUUUAAAAACGCAUCUCAAGAUACCUGAAUACUUUACUAUUAAGUUGAACCCAAGUAGAGAAAAGUUUCAUUUCAUCUUUGAAAUUGUUCCUAUCAGGUUACUUGUGGUUAAAUGACUGUCAUUAUAUGACGUUACAUAGAUGUUCUAAAAUUGUUUUUUUGUUGUUUUUUUUUUUUAUGAAUACUUUGUAUGCCUACAUCUUCAGUCACAAAACAAGGUAAAUUCAAACUUUGCACUAAAAAUUUGGAGUAUAUGUAUACAAGUUCUGGGAAAGCUAAAAAAAAAGUGUUAUGUAAUAAGAGCUGUAUUGACUAUACAAAGAUGAAGACAUUUUUCUUUUUUUUUUCUUUUUUUUUCAAAAAUAAUAGGAAGCAUCUGUCCUUGUUAAAAUUGAACCCCUCGGAACAUUACCAGUAUACUGGGUUUCUGGUAUUCAGCAUAAAGAUCAUCAAUGCAUUUUACUUGUACAAUUCUUUAGUUCAGAGAAUUUCAUUAUCACUACCAUCUACCUGAAUACUAACCAAAUAUACCCACCCCGUGAUAAACAGGUAGAACGGUUGACAAUUCUACCACUUACUUAAGUCUGUAUGAGAGCUAGAACAUUUUAGAAUUUGAUGCGAAAUGAAAUAAUGUGAUUUAUCAUGGCUGUAAGCAUCGUUUUCUGUGAAUCAUCACCAGUAGCCCAAGUCAAUUGCUGUAUCAUUGGCUAGUAACAAUUGUUAUGAUUUUAUACUUGAAUGGAAUCUGGUUUUCACAUUUACCUAUAUAAAACAAGUUUGCUUAGAUACUUUAUUGCUUUUUAUGGGCUUUUUAUGGACAGAAAAAUCUGCUUAAAAUUUGUUAAAGACAGAAAGAAAAAAUUACAAUAUAUCCCUGCAUUCCUAAAACCUCAUAUCCCCAAUGGUUUUAUAUGUAAAUAUACAAUUUUAUGUCUGAAGUUUGAGGGAAAGUUACUGCCCUUUAUUGCCAGUGAAGUUAGCUGUAAUGAUAGCGAUAUGUGUUUUAAACACAGAACUUUUGUAUACAUGUGUUCUCUUGCUCUCUUAUUUAAGAAUUCCAAUCUUAAUAAAAUAUUAAAGUUUGUAAAACAUGACAUUUGAUUCAUGAUUUGUUUCCAUUUAUCGAAUUGCUUGAUGACCAGAAUUAGGUCCCAAUUUGUCCUUAAUGAACUGACAAUGGUCAAGGUAUGAGAUAUGUGAUCGUUUCACACAGUGUAAUAUCUUUUCUGUUGAAGAAAUCUUGGUGGUGUUCUUGGCAGUAGUGCUGGGAAUACCCACUGUUUGAGACAUAGGUUAUGCCAAGGACUUAUUUGAGAAACCAAUGUACUUGGUUUUUGGUUGAUAUUUGUUCUGUACCUUACGGAAAGUCUCAAAAUCUUGUGAUAAUGUUAGAAACAUGAAUUUUGAGAAAAGGUCUCCAAAAGUUGUGAUAAUAUGUAGCAGUUUUUGAGAUCGGUUACAUUUGUUAUGGAUGGGGGUCAUCUCAAAACCUUGUCAUAAUAUUAGUAUGCAGCAUUUUGAGAUUACCUUUGUUGUGUAAGAGUGUGAUCUUCAAAGUGACGUCAGUAUAGGGUGGCUUUGAGAUGCCCCCCGACUGUCAGUAUAGGGUGGCUUUGAGAUGCCCCCCGACUGUACCCGUGUGUAUGACUGUAACAUGUACUAAGAAAAUGAACCUGAUGUGUGAAGGGACAUGCAAUGCAUGAUUAAAGUAAAACAUGUUUUACAAAAGA